CACAUGCUGCUGAGCUGAGGGGCGGGACGUUUAGACGCACGCUCGGCGGUUUAGUGAAUCACAACACACUGAGCCAGCUAACCAAUCAGAGCCCAUCACGUAUUUCUGAGGGAGGGGCUUCAUAAAAACAGGAAAUAUUCUAGGCGUUUGUUAGAGAAGGGACAGAGCGGUGUGGAAUAAAGUCACACACCUGACUCAAUGGCUCAUUAUGGAGCUCAUUAUGCGGGCCUUUGUCUUCUCAGCAUGCAGUGCACAGCCUCCUCUCCUCAGGACCCCACACAACUGACCCAGCUGCCCGCUAAAGACGCGUCCUCCAUAGACAGCAGCUCUGAUCUGGGCAGCCCCAGAGCGCUGACCUUUGACCUGCUGAACAUGGUGAUCUGCUUCAAGCGGAUGGCCAUCUUCCUGGAGCCGGUCACAGACUCGCUGGAGGUGCUGCGCUCCCUGCUCGGGUGGAGGAUGCCGCUGUGCUCCCUGCUGAGCUGCGUUCUGCUCAACAUCCUCUUCCUCACUCUGAGUGAAGGCGCGUGGCUCUCUGUGCUGCUGCUGGCCGUCUCUGCUCCGGCUGAGGUCAAGGGCAUGCUGAAACGAAUAGAUGAGCUGCUGACCCAGGCGUGUGUGUGUGCGGAGUCUGUGUAUAAAGUGUUGUACUGGGAGAGCCACGCCAUCUCCUCCGUGAAACUGCAGUUCAGUGUUUUCUGUUUUAAAGAAAAGGGUUUGGUUUCCGAUCUUCAUCCUGUUCAUCAUGCUUUUCCAUUUAAACUCAUAUAAUGUUGUUUCACUUUUAUUCCCAGAG